AUGGCCGCGCUCACCACGACGGACGCCCUGAAGCCGCGCGUCAUCAUCGUCCCCGGCAACGGCUGCACGGGCGACGUCGCGGACGCCAACUGGUACGGCUGGCUCGCGGCCGAGUUGAGGCGCGAGGACUGCCUCGGCGAGGUCGUCCUGCGCGGCAUGCCGGACCCCGUCGCCGCGCGCGAGUCGAUCUGGGUGCCGUUCCUGCGCGACGAGCUCGGGGCCGACGAGCGGACCAUCGUCGUCGGCCACUCGUCCGGCGCCGAGGCCGCCAUGCGCCUCGCGGAGACGACGCGGGUCCUCUCGCUCUGCCUCGUGUCCGCGUGCUGGACGGACCUGGGCGACGCGGGCGAGCGCGCCGCGGGCUACUACGCGCGGCCCUGGGACUGGGCCGCCAUCAGGCGCAACGCCGGGUCGAUCCACCAGUGGCACGGCGACGACGACCCCUUCAUCCCGCUCGCCGAGGCGCGCCACGUCGCGGAAAACCUCGACAGCGCGUACGCGGAGCUGCCCGGCCGGAGCCACUUCUUCUCGCCGCCCUUCCCCGAGCUCGCGGCCGCCGUCGCGGCCGUCGCGCGGGGCGACGCCUAG